AUGUGCAGAUUUUCCGAGGAAAGUACCCAGGUACUUUUUAUUUUCAGUGCCUUCAUUUCGUCUCAGAUUCACUGCACGUGUUUUUGUGUGUUUGCUGCAUAUGUGGGUCCAGUCACUGAUGGUCCAAACGUGGGUCCAGUCACUGAUGGUCCAAACGUGGGUCCAGUCACUGAUGGUCCAAACGUGGGUCCAGUCACUGAUGGUCCAAACGUGGGUCCAGGCACUGAUGGUCCAAACGUGGGUCCAGUCACUGAUGGUCCAAACGUAGGUCCAGUCACUGAUGGUCCAAACGUGGGUCCAGGCACUGAUGGUCCAAACAUGGGUCCAGACACUGAUGGUCCAAACGUGGGUCCAGUCACUGAUGGUCCAAACGUGGGUCCAGUCACUGAUGGUCCAAACGUGGGUCCAGACACUGAUGGUCCAAACGUGGGUCCAGACACUGAUGGUCCAAACGUGGGUCCAGACACUGAUGGUCCAAACGUGGGUCCAGACACUGAUGGUCCAAACGUGGGUCCAGACACUGAUGGUCCAAACGUGGGUCCAGACACUGAUGGUCCAAACGUGGGUCCAGACACUGAUGGUCCAAACGUGGGUCCAGUCACUGAUGGUCCUCACUGA